CAAGGUUAUCGGAACAAGCGAUGCUCCAAAAAUAGGUAAUUAUCAUGCUUAAAUGGUCCAAGGAUAAAAAAGAUGAACAACCUACAGAUUGGCCUAAAUAUGCUGAACAUUUAGAACAUUGUGUUGACGAUGUACGACGUGUCGCAAGUGAUGUACACAGAGGUCUAGUUCAAAAUGUUCUCGUCAGUAAGAAAAAUAAAAAGUAUCCUGAGUAUGUACUGUCAACUAUUUUAAAAGAAUCCGUCGAUAAACCCAAUACAGAUGACCGACUUUUUGUUUGUGUCACUCGUGAAGCUAGUAAAGCUUUGUUGACUCUAUCUACAUAUCAUCGAGAUCAUGAGAAUAGAGUAGAACGUCAAAUUGUUGAACCAUUAAAUCGUCUAACUGAAGAAACAUGUGUCAACAUUACAAAAGGUCGACGUAAUUUACAAAAAUGUUUGACAGAUGUUCGUAAUGCACGUGGACAAUUACAAAAAACUAUGCAAUGUAUUCAAACAAAUACAAAUUCAAGUUAUCCUGGUUCUUGUAAUCCAUCUGUGACAAUUGAUGCAGUCAAUCGAAUUAGUCAAGCUCAACAUCAAUUAGAAGAGAAAAAAAGUGAAUUAGAAUCUUCAAAAGAACAAUUACUUCGUGAUCUGUAUUCAUUCGCCGCUGAAGAAGAAAACUAUUCACGCCUUAUACUUAAGUACUUUGAAUUACAAGAAAAUUAUUUAUCGGAUAGUUUACAGUUGGUUCAAAAAGUGAUUUCCGAUAUAUCUCAAACUAUCAGACUACAGAAAUGCCUUACUACAUUUGGCCGACAUCUACCUGAUCAUUUAGCCGAGACUAAACGAUCUAUCGCCUAUGUCCUAGACGUAUGUAUUAAUUAUUUGAAUCAAGAAUCUAUCAUGCAAGAAGAGGUAAGCUGGAAUACUGCAGUAAAUAUUGCUAAAUCAUAUCUUAAAUGGUCAUAUCUUUUACGCAUUGUUCAAAUGUUCAUUAAUUUAUUUGCUCCGUUAUUCAUAGCAUAUAUUACAAAGUGUAUUUCCACCUAA